CUCUCCGUGUCAUUUUCUGUGACCACCACAAAUCCCAGCUCCCCUACACACAUUAUAUAAAAAUCACCACCUUCGAUAAAAACACCUAUUUCCUUUGUCUUCUUCUCCCGGUCUUCUAUUGUGGAGGGCCCUCAAUCCGUCAUCUCACCUUGUUUUAGGGUUUCUUUCGAUUAAAGUCAACUCGUUAUUAAUGGAGAAAGAUAACAACUAUUCGGCACCACCGUGUUUUAACACACUUGACUACUCCCUUGAUCAACAAUACCAGCACCUAACGAAAUUUCGUGUCGGCGAAACUUCCGGUGAAAACAACAACGGAAUGGUGGAUAAUUACAUGCCUCAAACACAAAACUCAGGAGGCUUUUAUGGUGGUACUACUACAAACAACUCUUUUGAUAAAAUGAGUUUUGCAGAUGUGAUGCAGUUUGCAGAUUUUGGACCUAAAUUAGCCUUAAAGCGCCAAGAGUCCGAGAUCGACGACCCGGUUUAUUUUCUCAAGUUUCCUGUCUUAAACAACAAGACGGAAGACCGAAACGUGACGUUGAGUCAUGAGUUGGUGGAUAGUUUAAGAGAUUGCGAAGAAACUCGGGUUUCUGAUGAGAACAACUCGGUGCAGCUUGUGCAAGAGACGAAUUGUACUGCAGUGGUGCAAGAGAACAGCAAGAAGAGGAAGAGACCGAGAACUGUUAAGACGAGUGAAGAAGUUGAGAGUCAACGCAUGACUCAUAUUGCUGUUGAAAGGAAUCGAAGGAAGCAAAUGAAUGAGCAUCUUCGCGUCCUCAGAUCCCUGAUGCCUGGUUCAUACGUUCAAAGGGGUGAUCAAGCAUCUAUAAUUGGUGGAGCUAUAGAGUUUGUGAGGGAAUUGGAACAACUUCUUCAAUGUCUAGAAUCACAAAAGAGAAGAAGACUAGUUGGAGAAACACAGUCAAAACAAGUUGGGGAAUCAACACAGCAGCAGCAACAACAACAACAAGCUCCAUUUUUUCAACAAGCUACUUUACCAAAUGAGCAGAUGGAAACCGGACUUGAAGAAGAAACUGCAGAGAGUAAGUCAUGUUUGGCUGAUGUAGAAGUCAAAGUUUUAGGAUUUGAUGCAAUGAUUAAAAUCCUAUCAAGAAGAAGGCCUGGACAGUUGAUCAAGACCAUUGCUGCCCUUGAAGAUAUGCAGCUUAUCAUCCUUCAUACCAACAUCACCACUAUUGAACAAACCGUUCUUUAUUCAUUCAAUGUCAAGGUGGCUAGUGAUACAAGGUUCACGGCAGAAGAUAUAGCAACUUCCGUUCAGCAGAUACUAAGUUUUAUUCAUGCAAACACUAGCAUGUGAUCAUUAUUAUUAUUACUAUUUAUAUGUUGUGUGCUAGCUAUAUAUACUCUUGUCUCUAUAUUUGCUAAUAUAUACAUUUAUUUUAUAUGAAUAUCAUUCAA